UUGUCGAGGAAAGGUCAAAGGAAAAAGGCUACAGUAGUCAGCAUGUUGUUAUUGCUGCUGUCUUAGAAACGUGGUUAUCCUAAUGAACAGUAAAGCAAAAGGCGAUAAUGGAAAUCAAAGAAACAGACGAAGAGCUCGUUAAGCGACAUCGCAGUGAGAAGAAAGAUCUUCAAGCCAAGAUCCAGGGAAUGAAAAAUGCGAUUCCAAAGAAUGACAAAAAGAGACGAAAACAGCUUGUUGAAAACAUUGCCAAGCUGGAGGCUGAGCUGGACCAAAAGCAGGAAGAAGAACUGAAACAGAGGAGGAUUGAUGUGGAAGGAAGGGAGAAGGUUGAAUCAGCCACAAAUGGAUUUGGAAAUCUGGUUCUGGAGAGAGAACAAGAUGAUGAUGUCAAAGAUUCCCGAGUGUCCAAAGCACAAAAACGAAGGGAUAAGAAGGCUGCUUUGGAAAAGGAGAGGGAGAGCAGAAUAGCUGAAGCUGAAAUCGAGAACUUAUCAGGGUCACGGCACCUUGAGCGCCUGAAGCUCUCCCAGAUGCUGGCUGAAAGACAGUUGCAGAUCAAGCAGAUCCCUUCAGAUGGCCAUUGCAUGUACAGAGCCAUUGAGGACCAGCUGACUGACAGAGACUGCUCCCUCAAUGUAUCAGAGCUAAGAGCCCAGGCAGCUGAAUACAUGAGGAGCCAUGCCGAUGAUUUCCUGCCAUUCUUAACAAAUCCUGGCACUGGGGAUAUGUACACACCAGGUGAAUUUGAAAAAUACUGCUCUGACAUAGCUGAAACAGCAGCAUGGGGAGGGCAGCUUGAGUUGCGGGCUCUGUCACACAUUCUUAAGAUGCCAAUAGAAGUCAUCCAGGCCGAGUCUCCUUCCAUAGUUAUCGGUGAAGAAUAUGAGGACACACCAGUUAGGCUAAUAUACAUGCGCUAUGCAUAUGGACUGGGAGAGCACUAUAACUCUGUGGAGCCACUAAGUAAAGCGGCAGCUGAAGAGGAGAGCUAGAACAACCGUGCCAAUCCACCUCAUUUCAGCAUUUAAGCACUCUCACAGUACCUUGAUCAGUGCAAACAAGCAACGUGUUAUUAUAAAGCCCUACUAAAUAUACUGCCAGGAGAUUCUCAUUUCUACACAAUAUAAUUGAAUUCAACAAUUAAAAGCUCUCAAAGUCAUAACAUGCCUAAUUUAGUGAAAUAACUAGAAGUGUUCACUAGAACACAGCUUUGUACAAAAAUAUAACAUGUUUUUAAGAAACAUAAUGACAAAUGACAUGAGUGGUUAAUGGCGAGUAUCACUUCCUAUAAAUUAUAAGUUUUGACACUUGAUGUAAGGAAAAAAACAGUAUAUGUGACUGCAUAAUAAACAAUGACAAGAACAGACAAAAUAAAUAAGUAAAUUAUAUGAAUAAAAUGCAAAGAAACAAAAAAAUUGUAACAGUACAUACCAAUAUUUGGAAAGAAAUUACACACACACACACACACACACACACACAGAGUUGUAGCCAAAAGUUUAUGUACCCCAUUGGACAUUUUUUUGCAAAACUUCAAAAAUGCUUAUUCAAAAGUAUUAAUACCCUGACAAGGAAAAUUAAAUUAAUAGCUAGUUGAGGCACCCUUACCAAUAAUAACCUCUUUUAAGCGGUUACGAUAUCUGUCAAUUAGCUUUUGGCAUAAUUCUUUUGUGAUUUUUGACCAUUCUUCAAUGCAAAAUUGUUUGAGUUUGUUCAAAUUCUGAGGACUUCUCUUGUGC